CCAUCUUGGCUAUUACAAUGGUCAGUAACAUAUUGGACUGGUCACCCACGUGGUAGUUUUACGUUGAUUUAGAGAAAACGAAUAAAAAAAGCUGACAAUAUUUGUGUCCAUUGAUAUGUUGGUAACUUAUAAGAAAGGGGUGGGGCAUGCAUCCUUUAGCUGUUGUAUAAAACCAGAUUUGUACGACUGCUGAUAAGUUUACCACCAUGGAUACACGAUUUUGAACAUUCUAUUAAUACUAACAUCUGAAUAAAAAAAGACAAAAUUAAAGCUAGAUUAUUGCUGAGUUUUACAGUUUAUAAUUCUGUGCUUUUUUUAACUACACAAGUAACUGAAUUCUUACGCUUAGGUUUGAGAAAGUUCUGUUCCAAUCAGUUCUAGUUAGUGUAAUUUUUGCCUUUAAAAUAAUGUUCAACUAUCAGUAUCAAAAUUUAGCCAGUUUCUGCAGAGAUCUUCUUCUGCUGGAGCUAGGUCAUCAGAGUCAAAUUCGUAUGGAUAGAGAUCGAUUCCAGCUGAUUGUGACUGACCUUUCACGAUACAUGCGAGAAAGCAGCUUUCUCAGAGAAUGCAGGGAUAUUCCUCUGCUGUACCACGCCCUGACGUCACUGCAGGACUGUUUCCUGGUCUCCAGAAGACUGGACGGUAGACUGGAGGAAGAGAUGGGGACGUGGAGGAGUAAGGAGGACAUUGACCAUUACGUGGCAGUCAACAACUUCUGGAUUCCUGAAAGAGAUUAUUCGUUUUUUUAUGGACGACAAAACUCUUCGUUACCGCCCUGGCGAAAUGUUCCAGAUGCUCUGAAAGCUUUAGUUCUGGACUUGUGUGCUAUUCAAAACAAAAAUAAGCGCAAUCAUUUGAUAGAACACCAGAAAUCAAGACGAAUGAGAUUGAUGAAUGCUGACCUGCUCAUUGACGACGCCCCUGAAUGUGACAACUGA